UGGACAGAUACCCUUAAAUUUCUCUUGAGCUUAAUCCAUUCCUCAUCCAUAUCUUUUUCUUCUUCUUCUUGGGUUUCUUUUCUCUCUAGAUGCUUUCAUUCAGCAUUCUGGGGUUGUAUAAAUUGUGGGUCUGGUGAAGGAGAGUGUAUUUUCGUUUAUUUAUUUGAUCAGGGGUUUUGUGAUUGAGCUUUCAGAUAUCACGAGAAUCAUAAUGGUUAUAUCUGAAGAGAACGAUUCUACCCAGAUUAAACCCACUAAUGCACAAGGAGGGGGAGUAAUCGCUGGCAGAAAGUUUGGAAUGGAGGUGAGACCAAAUAGAAGGGCUCUGAGUGCGAUUAAUCAGAAUUUAGUGGGAGCUCAUCCUCGUCCAUAUCCCUGUGUUGUUAACAAGAGAGGCUUAUCGGAAACAAAUGGGAAUUGUGAUAAGAAUCUUCCAAUUCAAGCACACAGGCCAAUCACAAGGAAAUAUGCAACACAGAUGCCAAUCUUGCAGCAACCAUGCCCUGAGGUAUAUGCUCUCUUUCUCAAGGACAUUUGAAAAUUUGUGUAUAAAAUUUUUCCCAGUGAAUGG